CCGUAGCUUCCGGGUGGAAGCUGUUGCGCACUACUUAGUUGGUCCCCGUUUACCUGCCCGCCCGGGAUGGCCCCCAAAGUCUCGGACUCUGUGGAACAGCUCCGCGCUGCCGGCAACCAGAACUUCCGCAAUGGCCAGUACGGCGAGGCCUCGGCGCUGUACGAGCGCGCACUGCGGCUGCUGCAGGCGCGAGGUAGGAACCCGCCCCACGUUUCCCUCCGGGCCUGCGUCCUCAACCCGCAUCCCCCGCACCGGGCCUCACGUUGGCCCAGCCUUCCUGGUUCUCCCUUCCCCGCGUCCAACCGACGCACCAGGCCCUCCCAGGGCUUGAUCCCGCGCUUCUUUCCGUCCCUGGCCGCCUAGCCGCGAUCCCGUCUAUCAUCACCAACCCCCCCAUCCCUCAGGCCGGUCGGCUGCGGGCCUUAAGGGCACGCAUCCGUUGCUUCCACCCGGAAGCUGUUGCGCGCUACUCAGCGGGGAACGGAGGUGGUCCCUGUUUGCCGGCCUCCCGGGAUGGCCCCCAAACUCUCAGACUCUGUGGAAGAGCUCCGCGCUGCCGGCAACCAGAGUUUCCGCAACGGCCAGUACGCCGAGGCUUCGGCGCUGUACGAGCGCGCGCUGCGACUGCUGCAGGCGCGAGGUUCUGCAGACCCAGAAGAAGAAAGUGUUCUGUACUCCAACCGUGCAGCGUGCUACUUGAAGGAUGGGAACUGCACAGACUGCAUCAGAGAUUGCACUUCAGCGCUGGCCUUGGUUCCCUUCAGCAUCAAGCCCUUGCUUCGAAGAGCAUCUGCCUAUGAAGCCCUGGAGAAGUACUCCCUGGCCUAUGUCGACUAUAAGACUGUGCUGCAGAUUGAUAACAGUGUGGCAUCAGCUCUGGAAGGCAUCAACAGAAUAACCAGAGCACUCAUGGACUCCCUGGGACCUGAGUGGCGCCUGAAGCUGCCCCCUAUCCCUGUGGUGCCUGUUUCAGCCCAGAAGAGAUGGAAUUCCUUGCCUUCAGAGAACCACAAAGAGACAGCUAAAACUAAAUCCAAAGAAACCACAGCUAUAAAGAGCAGAGUGCCUUCUGCUGGGGAUGUGGAGAGAGCCAGAGUUCUGAAGGAAGAAGGCAAUGAGCUUGUAAAGAAGGGCAGCCACAAGAAAGCUAUUGACAAGUACAGUGAAAGCCUCUUGUUUAGUAGCCUGGAGUCUGCCACAUACAGCAACAGAGCGCUCUGUCAUCUAGUCCUGAAGCAGUACAAGGAGGCCGUAAAGGACUGCACAGAAGCCCUCAAGCUGGAUGGGAAGAAUGUGAAGGCAUUUUACAGACGGGCGCAAGCUUACAAGGCUCUCAAGGACUAUAAAUCCAGCCUUGCAGAUAUUAGCAGCCUCCUACAGAUUGAGCCCAGGAACGUCCCUGCACAGAAGUUACAGCAGGAAGUCAACCAGAGCAUGCACUAGACCAUGAGAGGGCAACAAGAACCCUUUACUUGACCUUCCCAGAGAAGCUAGGGCCUCCCCGCAUCUGCCCCCAACACUCAGCAUGCCGCCAAGGGAGUGCAAAAAUCAACCCCACUUUGACUCCUUGGAGAGGUAGCAGCCUUCCACCUGAGAAGUUCUGCUUGUCAGAUUAAGUCCAUUACAGACAAGCACAGGACUCUUUCUCUUUUUUUUUUUUUUUUCUUUUUUUUCCAAAAAGGUCCCCACUAGAGUUUUGGGGGUGUUUUGUUUUGUUUUUAAGUGUGAAGCCACAGCUCUGGCCUCAUCUGCUUGCUUUUGCCUGGCCCUUGUCAACAAAGUACUUGGCAACUAUCCCUGACCCAGAUCUGCACAGACUUCCUGUGGCUUCCUCGGACACCAUGCCUCUGCAGUUCACCUGAGCUGGCAGAGUAGCGUUGACAGGCUAAAAGUGCUUGCUUAUCUACACCCACAGCAGCCUGUUGAGCUGGUUCUCCAAGGCUGCCAUCUCCCCAAGGGUACAGCUGCUAUCUGCACCCCAUCCUUGGCAGUGUCCUGUGUUGAGCCCCAGUGCCUUUAGUCCAGGCCCUUUGUGGGAAGGCAGAGCCUAAUCCUUGGAGGCUCUGUGCUGUUGCCUUCUGUGUGAGCUACCUACGAUGUUCAAAGAGCCCAUAUUCCUCGUGGGAUGGGGAGAGAGGCCUCCUUGAGAUUAGUGUCCCUCCAGUCUGAGCAGGAACUUAACCUUUUCCCCCCAGUAGCAGCCCCUCAGGCUUCUUUGUUUUGUUUUGUUAAUAUGUUGAAGUUAAUUAAACUGAUUUUAUUGAAGUGUGUGUUGUUGUUGCAUUAAAAGGUUUUCUUCUAUA